AAAGUAUGUAACAUGUCAAGGAAUCGAUAGAAAAGAUUGAUCGAUUCUAUUUAUCGAAACGUGUUUGCAUGGAGUUCUUAGGUUUGGUACAGUUAGCAGUGUGGCGCUUUAAUUGUUGAUUGUAAUUUAAGAAAUUAUUUACACUUAUCUACAAGACAAGAUGGUUAUACCAAAACAUGCUCAAUUCAUUUCUAGAACUGUUAUGGUAUUAAAUAAAGAUGUUGAGCAGGCUUGUAGAAGAUUAAAUUAUAUAAUGGCGAAGGAGGGCUUCUUUCAGCAAUUCAGACGCACUAGGUACUAUGAGAAACCCACACAAACAAGGCGGAGGGUUAAUUAUGAAAAAUGUAAAGCGAUUUACAAUGAGGAUAUGAGCAGGAAAAUUAAAUUUCUCAUGAGAACAAACAGAGAAGAUCCAUGGCCUGGAUGUUCUUCUUUAUAAUGAAUAUUAUCUCAUGUCAAAUUGUUAUUUAGAUUUCUAUAACAUGGCAAAGUGUUUAUAGUUUCAUGUACAAUUCUAUAUAAAAUAAUAUCUAAUAAAAAAGCAUUGGUGAUAUAAA